GCCAGAUUGAUUUAUGCAGACCACACGAAUAAUCGGGAGACAGAGCAAAAGUGCGCAUUACAUCACGAAUGGUUCAGCCAUAACCUUCUGUUCCUCCAUCACUUCUUUCUUUUUUCUCAAUACCUUAAACGAGGCUGAGAUCACUCGCGGAGCGACUCAUCGAAGAAGCCCUUACGAUCAUACUUUUACACACUUUUCAAGUUCACCAUGUCUGACGUUGAAGAAACACCAGUCGAUGUUGCCGAGGUCGAGGAGACCGAGGUUGCCGCCCCAGCCAAGACUGGCGGUGCCAUGUCCAUCGAAGAUGCUUUGCAAGAAGUAUUGAAGAAGGCUUUGGUUCACGACGGUUUGGCCCGUGGUUUGCGUGAAUGCGCCAAGGCUUUGGACCGUCGUCAAGCCCACUUGUGUGUUUUGGUCGAAACCUGCACUGAACAAGAAUACAUCAAAUUGAUCGAAGCUUUGUGCACCGAACACAAGAUCAACUUGCUCAAGGUUUCUGACCCCAAGACACUCGGAACCUGGGCCGGUUUGUGCAAGAUCGACAGAGAAGGUAACGCCCGUAAGGUUGUUGGCUGCUCAUGUGUCGUCGUCCGUGACUACGGAGAGGAAAGCGAAGGUCUCAACGUUUUGUUGUCCCACUUCAAAUCUCUCUAAAGGUGAGUUUCGGUACUUGCGGAUAAAUGCUGUAUGCCAUGUCAAGUGAUGAUAUACCAGGUCUCCCUCAACGGAUGUGGUUCAAUUUAUUGGAUCACGAAUGAGGAGGAAGCCUUAUCCGGAAUCAUUUUAUAUGUCUGAUUUAUGUGCAUAUCGUUCAGCAUUGGCAGCAGUGGAAGAUUGAUCAUGUCGCUGUACGAACAAGUGGCUGACAAUUUCCGCUUUCUUUCCUUCAUUCUUUUAGAGUUGAUUAGUGUGUUGUAAAAUCAUUAUUUGUACAUGCUUUCUCGCACGAUUGUCGUGACAGAUUAUGCAACCCAAAAUGCAAUGAUUCAGU